UUUUGUUUUCCUGCUUGUGUCCUCUGCCUACGUGUUCUAUUUAUCGUUCUCCCAAGUGAAUUAUCUUUGGAUCCCCAACGUCUUCGUAUUCCUGGCUGGAGUCAUCAAAUGUUACGAAAGAGCACGUGCUAGGUUCAUAGGGAGUAUGGAUAAGCCCAUAAAAUUGAGUCAUCCUGACUAUGAAAAAGUUGUGAAGAAGAUGUCCUCACAAGAACCACAUAAUUUUCGAGCAAAGGCGCCGGAUGACGUGGAGGUCAUUAAACUUGCAUAUGCAGUAUUUAGGGCCUAUAAAGGUGUUUUGGUUGAGCACGAGUUCACUUUUGAAGAGUAUGGUAGAAUUCGACAACUCUUGCAAAACAGAACUGAUCUGUUCGCCUUUAGAAUCGCUCAGGCUGAACUUGAGAUUCUGCAUGAUGUUUUAUACACAAAGGCCCAAAUGUUCCAUGAAAAAUUCGGGAACACAGCCCGAUUUGUCUAUUGGGCUCUGCUUGCUGCAGCUUUGGCCUCCUUCUCUUUAUUGGUGAGGAACAACAACAAACAAUUUGAUCCGUUUGAUGUGGGACUCACCUACAGCUUACUCAUUGGAGUAUUGGGUUGAUGAAAGGACAAAGGCAAAAUGCUUCUUCUUGUAUGCCAAAAAUCUGCAUAUUCUGUGGUCAGAAGAAAGCAGUAGGUGGAGUCGGCCCCAGUAUAAGGAGUUUCCAAGUGAUCAGCCCAUUCAAGUUUACGAAAUGGCAACAGUUCUAUCACUAGCUGUUGGUGGAAGUUUUGAUGCGACAAAGCUUUCACGGGGAAUAGAGUACAAGGUUUCACUUGUGGUGUUAUUGAAGAAAUUUCUUUCAGGAUGGGAAUUUCCAGUGCAAACUAUACUUGUUAAGCCUGAUGGUACCAAAGAAAAUCGAAGUAGUGAAGAUCUUAUGGUAAAACCAAAAAGAGAAUGGAUACAAAUUCAACUAGGGACUUUCAUGAUUCCAGAAGAGAUGGAAAGUAUCACAAAUUUGGAAUUCUAUGUGCAUGAAAGGAAAGGUAUAAAACUGAAGAUGGGACUGGUUAUCAAAGGUGUUGAAAUUUCCGUCUAAAUACAACUUAGUAAUAGAGAAGAAGCUACUAAUUUCUUAUAUUAAUUUAAUUUCUCAAAGGGUCACUUAACUUAGUUGAGUGACCUUUUGGGAAAUCUAUAUUACUUUGCUAAAUAAUGCAUUCAAUAACAGCUAUAUAUAUAUAUAUAUAUAUAUAUAUAUAUAUAUAUAUAUA